AAUAGUGACCCGAAACGACCCUCAGCUAUAGGUUUUACGCAGCCCGUUUAUAUAUCUAUUUUUUUUAACAGGCGUUACAAAGGGCAGCUAAGGGUCCUUUACAGCCAUCACGGAGAAAACAUUGCAUGGAGUAAACAACUAGCACUGACAGAAGGUCAGGAUGGUCCAGAAAAUACUUAAUAAACUCAUCGGCGGCAAAUACAUUGCUAUUGUAAGGGCGUGGGUACCAAAUAUGGUCGCCUGGGGAACAGUUGGCGGAGUGGCACUCGUUCACUUCACAGACUGGCGAUUAUUUCUUGACUAUGUGCCAUACAUUAAAGGGAAGUUCACCAAGGAUGAGUAAAGUCCCACACAACUCAAUUGACCAGAGCUUGGGAAUUGGCUCAUGGGCGCAUUGCUUACACAACGCAAGCUUAAAGGGGGAUACCCUGGCUCAACAAUCAGUCACUGAAGGCUUGUUAGGAGUUCGGACAACGGGAAGCACUCUGUAUAAAUUCUGUUGUUGAUCCAGUAUUAUUUGAUUUGUGAAUAAAUAUUUACUUUACCCCAA